CAACACUCAAUGAAUUACACUAGGGCCGCCGGGGCUCCCAGACCCAGUUGCACUCCAGUCUUCAACCAGGUUUGAUCUUGGAAUACGUCCACCCUCCAGCAGAACUGUUCCGCCUGACCUACUCCCGCGUCCCCACCGAAACCGAGGCCUUACCGGAGCAGGAGGGGGCCGGGGCACCUUGCAGCCCGCCGCGCUCACCGCGCCGGGCCGCCGAUGCGGCCGCCACUGAUCCUCUAAACGCGGUCUCCCCCGCACUCUCUCCGGCCUGGGGAUGCAGGAUGGUUUACAGAGGGACCGCGAGCCGCUGAUUGGUCGCAGGCCGCGGUGACGUCGGCGGGCGCUGCAUUAAGGCGAGGGGGCUUCUAGAGCUCAGCCAACAGCCAGGAGCAGUGACCCAGCCGCCGGAGCCGGGGAGAGACGCGCCGGGACGGCGGACUGAGCCAGGAGACCAGGGACAGAGGGACGCUUGUCCAGGGAGAGCCAGCCACGCACCGCGGCCCGGGCGGCGACAGCGGCGGCCGGUGCCGAGCUGUUCCGGCCGCGCAGAACUAGCCGCUGCAACCAGGACGUUUUAAAAAGCGCUCUAAGCUACUCCCCCUCUUCCCGACUCCUCCCGCUGCAAAAGAAAAAAAAAAAAAGGAAAGAAAGAGGCUAGAAAGGAAACCCAGAUUUGCCACCACAACGAAAAAAAGAGGGGACAAGAAAAAGAAAAAGUCGAGCGACUGUGGGGUUGGACGCCGGCAGCCGGAGCGUGGGCCAGCGAUGCGGGGCUGCGUGCCCAGGCGGCCGCGAAUUGUGACUGGAGCCACGAUGCACCGCCAGGCGCGGUGAGGAGCCGGCCCGAACCACCUCCCGACGGAGUCCGGGCGCUGGGAGGGCGGUCCGGAGAACGCGGAGGCCGCCAGGCGGGCCCUGGGCCGAGGUGACGGGGCUGGGGCGGUGGGAAGCUAGCGAGCGCGCCCGGCGGCGUCCUCCCGGAGUGGUCCCCCUCCUUUCUCGAUUGACACAAACACUUCUCCAAAAGGGGAGAGACCUGAGCAACAACAACAGUCAACUACGAGAUCUUCCUCCUGCCCUCCCCUCCGCCCCUCCUCCCGCGGUCUGCCCCCGCCCCCUCCCCCGGCCCACCCCGGGCGCCCAGCACGUCCCGACCCCGCUGUGCGAUGCCUGCAGUUUAGGAUCCAAAGCUUCUCUACUCGUUUUGUUCUUUUCUUUUAUAAAAAGAGGAGGGGAAGUCCCGGUGGCGGGCAGCCGGGCACACACACAACCCGCCCUCGCACCCCGACAAAAGCAGAUGCACCUAGACUUCUGACAGCUCUACCUCAAGCCCGUGAGAACUCCCUGCAAAUAGCUCGUCGCGUGCGUCGCCCUCUUGCUUCCCCGUUUUAUUUAUUUAAUUCGUUACCCUCACCGUCUCGGUGACCUUCACUCCUCCGAGGGUUCUGGGCAGAAGAGUCGCUUUCGCACCCGCCGGAGACUCUUUUCCUCACCCCAGGAGCGGUGGUGGCACUGCUGGGCCCGGGGCCUUGGGACGCCCAGGCUGCACACCACCGAGGCGCUCCGUUUGCCUCGCCCCCCCCCCCAUUUUGAUUUCCUGGUGCGGAUUUCGGCUGGCACCGCCGUGUGUGUCUCCUCUUUUUGGAGGGACUGGGGAGCUCCUUUCGGGAGUCAACCCCUCUGCUCUACCUGCUCUUCUCUCUCCGGGCCUCACCCGACUAAACCAAAGACCAUGGUGCACUGUGCCGGCUGCAAAAGGCCCAUCCUGGACCGCUUCCUCUUGAACGUGCUGGACAGGGCCUGGCACGUCAAGUGCGUCCAGUGCUGUGAAUGUAAAUGCAACCUGACCGAGAAGUGCUUCUCCCGGGAAGGCAAGCUCUACUGCAAGAACGACUUCUUCCGGUGUUUCGGUACAAAAUGUGCAGGCUGCGCGCAGGGCAUCUCCCCUAGCGACCUGGUGCGGAGAGCGCGGAGCAAAGUGUUUCACCUCAACUGCUUCACCUGCAUGAUGUGUAACAAGCAGCUCUCCACCGGCGAGGAGCUCUACAUCAUCGACGAGAACAAGUUCGUCUGCAAAGAGGAUUACCUAAGCAACAGCAGCGUCGCCAAAGAGAACAGCCUGCACUCGGCCACCACGGGCAGUGACCCCAGUUUGUCUCCAGACUCCCAAGACCCGUCGCAGGACGAUGCCAAGGACUCGGAGAGCGCCAACGUGUCGGACAAGGAAGGGGGCAGCAAUGAGAAUGACGACCAGAACCUGGGCGCCAAGCGGCGAGGGCCACGCACCACAAUUAAAGCCAAGCAGCUGGAGACGCUGAAGGCUGCCUUUGCCGCGACGCCCAAGCCCACGCGCCACAUACGCGAGCAGCUGGCUCAGGAGACGGGCCUCAACAUGCGCGUCAUUCAGGUCUGGUUCCAGAACCGACGCUCCAAGGAACGGAGGAUGAAGCAGCUGAGCGCGCUGGGCGCCCGGCGCCACGCCUUCUUCCGCAGUCCGCGCCGAAUGCGGCCGCUCGUGGACCGUCUGGAGCCGGGCGAGCUCCUCCCCAACGGGCCCUUCUCCUUCUACGGAGAUUACCAGAGCGAGUACUACGGGCCCGGAGGCAACUACGACUUCUUCCCGCAAGGCCCCCCGUCCUCGCAGGCUCAGACACCCGUGGACCUACCUUUCGUGCCAUCGUCCGGGCCGUCCGGGACGCCCCUGGGCGGCUUGGAGCACCCGCUGCCGGGCCACCACCCGUCGAGCGAGGCGCAGCGGUUCACCGACAUCCUGGCGCAUCCCCCGGGGGACUCGCCCAGUCCCGAGCCCAGCCUGCCCGGGCCUCUGCACUCCAUGUCGGCUGAGGUCUUCGGGCCGAGCCCGCCCUUCUCGUCGCUAUCGGUCAACGGCGGGGCGAGCUAUGGGAACCACCUGUCUCACCCUCCCGAAAUGAACGAGGCGGCCGUAUGGUAGCCGGGUCUCGCGCGGUCCGCGGAGUUCGUGGUUGUACAGAAAUGAACUUUUAUUUAAGAAAAAUAGAAAAAAGAAAAAAAAUCAUAAAAUUCAAGUCACACCCCCCACACACACUACCACCACUUUCCUCCAGCCUCGGGGACCAUUUUCCGUCUGGGGAGACUGGAUGGGAAAGGGAAACAUGACAUAGGAUUGAAAUCUGCCUGGAGGUAGGACUGGGAUCCGCGAGCUGGCUGGCCCGGUGCAGGACUGGGCUUCCAAAGGGAAACACAGACCUCUCCUCGCCUCCCACCUGGACCCGACUCCGUGGACAGACAGCGCGGGCGUGCGAGUCUGGCCGGUGGGCGGCACAGGAACGACCACGCCGGCCUCCGGGGUGCACAGCUCAGUGGUGACGCCAGGAGGGAGGCUGCGCCCACACAGCCCGGCUCCGGCUUUGGAGGAGAGCGGUCCUCGGGCGCUCCCAGGCCAGCCCAGGGGGCUCUGGCUGUGGGGAACCUAAUAGUGUUGGUCUCAGUUCAGCAACAGCGACAAAAAACUUAAUAGCUUCAGAAACGUCGACCUGCUGUGCAUCAGGUGGGACUAUAUAUAUAUAUAUAUAUUUUGUCUCUCUGGGUUUUUUUUGUUUUGUUUUGUUUUUGCCAAAAUUGCAAAAUUCUAAAUGUAAAGCCCUCAGUAUCAACUCUUCUACCUUCACAAAGCUCUACACACCUAUACACACAGACACACUGGAUAGGACGGUCUCCAGCCAGACCUCUCAGUAAAAUGACUUGAACAUCAUCUGUACAAGAAAAGUAUUCUACUUUCACACACACACACACACACACACAGAGUUUUAAAAAAGACUAUUGAACUAAAAACAGUCAACUGUUUACGUAUAAUGUUAAAUUCAGGAGUUCAGUGUUUUACUAAUACAUCCUGUUUUGAAACCUCUUGUUCAAAAACAAAACGUUUUGAGCAGUCAACCAAAAUUGUUCAUUUUCUUUUCCUGUAGAUGUUCUGACAGAUUUGCAGGGCUCACAGCUCACUGUGCUAGUAUGUAAAAAGGUGUUGUUUACACAAGGCAAAAAGAAAACACGAUAUUCAGACACUUGCCAAAUAGAAUAAUUAUAGCACAAAUACUGUAAAGGUGCCUGGCACCACAACCUGAGAAAGUGUUAAAAAAAAAAAAAAAGUGUUACAAGGUUUAAGAAAAAAAAAAAACAUCUUUGCUAAUUUUUAGUCCUGUUGAACAUUCAUGGAAUUGU